AUGCACCCACCGGGCCAUCUCUCUAUCACGCGCUCCCACUCUCGCCCCUCUCACUCUUCCCCCCUCGCCCCUGCUCCGCCUCCACUGCCCUCUACCGCGCUAAACCCCUUCACUGGGAUCUGCCGCGCUAAACCCCGUCUCCCGCCGUCCCCCUCCCCCCCUCAGCUCCCCAAACUCCGCCCAGCCCAGUCCGCCAGCUUCCGUGGCGGCAUGGAGGUGGCGGGCCCGCGGCGGGCAGGCGUUCGGCGAGUGGAGGAGGGGGAUCGCGUGGUGGUGUACGAGGCGCGGGACGCCAUGCGCAUCGCCACCGUCACGCCCAGCCGCUCCCUGCAGAACCGCUUUGGAGUGUUCCGGCACAGCAAGUGGGUGGGGCAGCCGGUGGGGUCGCGGGUGCGGGCGGCCAAGGGAGGCGGCUUCGUGCACCUGCUUGCACCCUCGCCCGCCCUCUGGACCAAGGUGCUACCGCACCGCACGCAGAUCCUCUACCUGCCGGACAUCGCGCUCAUCAUCGCCCGCCUGGCUGUCACGCCCGGCGCCACCGUGCUGGAGAGCGGCACCGGCAGCGGCAGCCUGUCGCACUCCCUCGCCCGCGCCGUGGCGCCCACCGGCCGCCUGCUCUCCUUCGACUUCCACCACGCCCGUGCGGAGAAAGCCCGGGCGGAGUUUGAAGCCAAUGGCAUAGCGGGCGUGGCCAGUGUGCAGGUCAGGGACAUCCAGGGCCUCGGCUUUCCCCCUCACCUGCAUGCCUCCGCGCACGCCGCCUUCCUGGACCUGCCCUGCCCCUGGCUCGCCCUGCCCUCCGCCGCCGCGUGCCUGCUGCCGGGCGGGCGGCUGUGCUCCUUCUCGCCCUGCAUGGAGCAGGUGCAGCGCUGCUCCCAAGCCAUGCGCGCCCAUGGCCUCACCGGUGCGUCUCCAGCCCCCCACGCCCACACGCCGCUCUGCCUUGCAUUCCCCUCUCUUGCACUGCACCCUUCCACCCACCACUCACCCAUCACUCACCCAUCACUCACCCAUCACUCACCCGUCACUCACCCACCACUCACCCAUCACUCACCCAUCACUCACCCAUCACUCACCCAUCACUCACCCAUUACUCACCCAUCACUCACCUACCACUCACCCAUCACUCACCCAUCACUCACCCAUCACUCACCCACCACUCACCCAUCACUCACCCACCACUCACCCAUCACUCACCCAUCACUCACCCGUCACUCACCCAUCACUCGCCCAUCACUCACCCAUCACUCACCCAUCACUCACCCAUCACUCACCCACCACUCACCCAUCACUCACCCAUCACUCACCCAUCACUCACCCAUCACUCAUCCAUCACUCACCCACCACUCACCCAUCACUCACCCAUCACUCACCCACCACUCACCCAUCACUCACCCAUCACUCACCCAUCACUCACCCACCACUCACCCAUCACUCACCCAUCACUCACCCACCACUCACCCAUCACACACCCAUCACUCACCCAUCACUCACCCAUCACUCACCCAUCACUCACCCAUCACUCACCCACCACUGCUUGCAUCCACCCACCAUUCCAAUCCUCGCUCGCUGCUCCACCUCCCCGUCUGCUCAUCUCCCCUCCCCCCUUGA